UAGAAAUGUCGACUCAACAACUCGGUUGAGUUGAAUCCGAGUUUUCAUCCAGUGGUUCGGAUCGAAGACAGUGCAUGUUUGUUUCGUGGUCGUUGGUUAGUUAAGUGCUCUCCAUGGCCACUGCUCCGGUUCCAAAAGUAUGGCGCUUGAAAGCAUUCUUCCAUGGAACACAUCUUCCUUCCCAUCGUUACCACCGCCGCUUCUUCCACUUCUCCACCGCUGCACCACCGUUAAAGAAGUCCAACAGUUUCACGCCCAAACGAUCAAAACCGGUCUCUUCCAAUACGACCCGACCGUGGCGACGAAACUUGUUGAGUCGUGUUGUUCCUCAUUUCAAUCUUCUUCUCCCAAAUCAGGAGAUGUCGAUUACACUCUCUCCGUCUUUGAUUACACUAUCGAACCCUCUUCUUUCCUCUAUAACACUCUCAUCAGAGCAUGCACCCAGGUUGAUCAACCCGAGCAAGCCUUCUUACUGUUUUACGAAAUGCUUCACGACCUUGCUCCCGAUAAGUUCACUUUUCCUUUUGUACUCAAAUCUUGUGCUCAAUUGGCCUCUAUUGAAGAAGGCGAGCAGGUGCAUUGCUUCGUGUUGAAAACUGACUUUGCAUCAGACCUCUUUGUGCAGAAUUCUCUGAUUCAUAUGUAUGCUCGAUGUAGGAAGAUUAGAAGUGCUCGUGGAGUGUUUGAAGGGAUUUCGGGUCGGAAUAUUGUCUCUUGGAAUUCCAUGAUUGGUGGGUUUCUGAAGUCAGGUGACAUUGAAUCUGCAUGCAAGUUGUUUGACGAGAUGCCUCAGAGAAACCUUGUUUCCUGGAAUUCAAUGAUUUCAGGGUACGCACGAGAGUCAUUACCCUAUGAGGCCCUUAGCCUCGUUGCAGAGUUGCAAGUUUCAGGGCUGAGGCCAGAUGAAUCAACCCUGGUCAGCGCCAUUUCUGCAAUAUCCGAUCUGGGUAUCCUCAGCUUGGGCAAGCGGGUCCAUGGAUAUAUAAUCCGUCAUGAAUUAUCACUUAAUGGUGUUCUCGGUGCAUCAUUAAUUGAUAUGUAUUCGAAAUGUGGGAGCAUCCACCAUGCCUUGAAAGUCUUUGUUGGCAUUCAAAAUAGAAAUGUGGGACAUUGGACUUCAAUUAUUGUAGGCUUUGCUGUCCAUGGAUUUGCUGAGGCUGCUUUACAGUUGUUCUCCCAAAUGCAGGUAUCUGGCGUGAAGCCCAAUUACAUAACCUUCAUAGGUGUUUUGAAUGCCUGUAGCCACAGGGGUCUAGUGGAAGAAGGCUUGAAGCAUUUCAAUCUUAUGAGAAGUACUUAUAAUAUAGAGCCCAGGAUACAGCACUAUGGGUGCUUAGUAGACCUCCUCAGUCGUUCAGGGUUUCUUGAAGAAGCAAAAGCACUUAUUGAGAAUAUGCCUAUGGAACCAGGGUCUGUGAUUUGGGGCACAUUGCUAUCUGCUUGUAGGAACCAUGGAAAUGUUGAGAUUGGAGAGGUUGCAGCACUAAAACUAAUUCAGCUUAUGCCAGAUUAUGGAAGUGGUUAUGUUCUUCUUUCUAAUUUAUAUGCCAGCUCUGGCAGAUGGGAAGACUUCAGUGCAAUGAGGAGAGUGAUGGGGGAUAGGGGAGUUGGGAAGGUCCCUGGCGUAAGUUGGAUAGAGGUAGAUGGUGAAAUCCAUGAGUUUGUUGUGGGUGAUAAGAUUCACCCACGAAGGAAAGAGAUAUAUAAAAUGUUGAAUAAGAUAGAAAGUGAAAUGAGAGGGCACAUCUCCUAUGAGCCUGAACAGUAGCUCAUAUACAUGCCUGCCGCAAAGUGAGUUGUACAGAACAAAUUGAUGAAUAAAAAGAUAUUUAUUUGAGUGACCACAAGUUCAGAAAUUAGCUGCCAUUCAUUUAGCUUCAACAACUUCCUCCUUUGUACAUGAAUAUGGGAACACAGAUUUGGGCACAAGGUCAUUGAAUUGAUAAAAGAAUGUGUUCAUAUAUCAGUUCUUAGCAUUCCUAAUGCACCACUUGAUGGUCAGAAACAUUAUUAUCAUCAUCAUCUGAGCCUUAUGCCAACCAUAUAGGGUUGGCUACAUGAAUCCUGUUUCACCUUCCCUUAUUAUUUAAUUGUAAACAUGACAUAAAAAGCCAAUCUAGAAUUCUUCUUAUUAUAUGUUUUGUCGAUUUGAAUCGUAAAUUUAGUUGAUACAUAAAAUUGUGGUAUGUGCAUGACAAUAAGUGACCAUGUAAGUAAGUGCACCUAUAUAUUGUUGUGUUUUCACCAUUGGUCUCUCUAAAGUUGAACUGCUGCAAGUGUUGUCUGAUAUGGAUGUGAACAAGUGACAAACUCUUCUCAAGAAGAGUCGCUCAGUAUUACUCAUUACUCAUG